AGCAGCAGAGACGUUGGCUAACAGACACUUGCUUCGAGAGGACCAUGAGAGCAGCAGCCAUCUCCACGCCAAGGCUGGACAAAAUGCCAGGAAUGUUCUUCUCAGCUAACCCAAAAGACUUGAAAGAAACGGAUCACCCAUUUUUAGAAGACAAAACACAGAAAAGGAGACCAAGAACUUUUGGAAUGGACAUGAAAGCUUACCUGAGAUUCAUGAUGCCACAUCUGGAAUCAGGAAUGAAGCCUUCCAAGUCCAAGGACAUACUUUCUGCUGAUGAAGUAAUGCAAUGGUCUCAAUCUCUCGAAAAACUGCUUGCCAACAGAACUGGUCAAGAUGUGUUUGGAAAUUUCCUAAAGUCUGAGUUCAGCGAGGAGAAUAUCGAGUUCUGGUUGGCUUGUGAAGACUAUAAGAAAACAGAGUCAAAUCUUUUGCAUUCCAAAGCAGAGGACAUAUACAAAGUAUUUGUACACUCAGAUGCAGCUAAACAAAUCAAUAUUGACUUUCACACGCGAGAAUCUACAGCCAAGAAGAUUAAAUCACCUACUCCAACAUGCUUUGAUGAAGCCCAAAAAGUCAUAUAUAAUCUUAUGGAAAAGGACUCUUAUCCCAGGUUCCUGAAAUCAGAUAUUUACUUAAAUCUUCUAAAUGAACUUCAGGCUAGUAGCCUAAAGUGACUGGUUUCUGAAUGAAGGGAAUUGAAAGAUGGUAUCAAGGACAGAAGAGAUGUGCACCAGCGUGGCUGCCUGGGUGACUCGUCAGUUCCAGAGGAAGAAUAAGUGACUCAGAAUGUGUGGACAUGGAAGUUAUGCAGGCACAGGACCAAAGAAGCAGAAACAAAACAAAAACUGAGUGACUAGUUAAAAAACGAUGAUAUCAUGGCACUGUCACAAGAUAUAGCUGACCUCUCUAUUAGAAAAAUCCCUCAGAACUGACAAAACCGGGUAACACUGGUUAUCCAGAAAGUGUGAAUAAAACUUUGAGGCUGAUUACAGAAUUCUAUAAGCUUCAAGUUCAACUGACACUUAUGCUAUAUACUAUUAUAUAAACAUUGUAUGUGCUGCUGAAAUCUCCUUAUACCUGUUUCAAAAGUAUUUUAUGUAUUUAAGAGUCAUCACUAUUACUGACACAAAAAUUUUUGUGUCAACUGUAUUUGGUUUGGAAGUAAUGAAGAGAACAAUGUGUUUAACUUAAGCUAAUGCCCAAAAAACUAGGAAGUUGGAAUAAACUUGUAAAAUAAAUUAUCUCAGUGUUAAUAAACAUGGAUUUUGUAUUAAAAGUAUAUGGAAAUAAGAAUUGUUCAGAUUUCAUUGAUAUUAAGAUUUUUCUCUGAAUUAAAAGAACUCUAUUAAUAAUAA